UGUUCGAUUCAUUCCAUAUCCAUAUACGCCGUGACACCUCUGGUGAUACCUGCGUCAACUUGCUUACCAAACUUGGCUAUCCUCCAUAGCUGACCGUCUCGAUCACCGGAAUUCGUGAAUGCAAUGCCUGCCUGGCCACGAAUACUCGGCUCGUCCUCGUCCUCGUCGUCUUCCAACACCCCUCCCCGUGGCCAACUACUAGACUCGACCGAUGCCGCGUCCCGCUCCGGCACCCGGAUGUCACCGCACAGUCGCUCGAGGUCCCAUCACGUACCCUUGAAUCGAAGUCCAGGCCCUGCCAUGAGACGGAGCGACGGAGAUCUACUGGGCACCGCCGAAGCCGAAGCCGGUCGGAACAUGGGCGACAUGGGGACAUCGAGACGCAACGGCCCUGGGGGAAUGCCAGCGUCGGCGGAGCUGAAAACGGGACAGUGCAUGUGCUGCGACUCUACCAUCCGCUGGCCUUCGAAUCUGCCGAAUUUCCGCUGCACAAUAUGCAUGACCAUCAAUGAUUUGACUCCCGCAAAGCCUGCGGUAGCGUCGCCAAUAUCUCUCGACACUGUGAGGACCAUCAUCGAGACAUCGAAAAUGGACUUCCUUGCCGAUCAAGAGCUACAAAAUCCACCGGUAACUGCUGAAGAUAGCUCACGUAGUCCUCCGGCUUUCGAGGCGUCGGAACGAGCCAAGGAGGAAAGAGUGGGAGGAGGGCGGCCCUCAAAGCCCGGGUCGGUUCUUGAUGAUUUCCCACCACCUCCUUCGAGACCGCCGCCACCUCCUCCACCACUCGACGGAGCAGACUUGCGGAAGCCACACAUCCCCGAGUCGCGGGCGGGAUACCCUGCAGCCGUCUGGGCCAAGCGUCAUGCAACAAAGCUCUUCCAACCUCUGGAGAGCUACCUCAAGGCCACUUUCGGGAACUGUGAAUGUCUAAACGCAAGUUUUGUGGAUAGAAAUGGCACAGAACCCACUGGUCCUGCAACCGAGGAGAUUAUCCCACCCAUAAAGGCAACGGUCGAAGUCGACAUACCGGUUACACAGACUCCAUGCGAGAAAGAAACAUUGAUGUUGACUGUAGGGAGGGCUGUCAGAAGGGAGCGAGCAAAUUCCCGUAAUGAAAGGGGAUCUAAAACUCAUGAAUCCCGCCCUAUCCUCCGAGCACCUCCUUGUAUAGAUUGGGAUCAGGCUAGAGAGUUCUAUGAAUUGGUUUUAAACACCGGGAACGACGCGUUGGCGAUGAUGCCUGCGAGUAACGAACUUCGUGACGAACUGCAGUACGCCAUCGACGAGGCGAGGGUUGAUAUGUUAAAGACCUUACUCAGGACGACAGAAAACAUUCUUAAAAGGCCCGGCAGGCCACUCAAACGCCUGGAGGACACCCGAUUCUUACUCGUCAUCAUUGCAAAUCCACUGCUAUAUCCUGGAGCUGCUCGUUUUGGCUCGAGUCGGCCACCGCCGGCUCCCAUUUCAUCGCAAACUCAGCCCGCAUCUCGGGUCCCACCUAACUCGGCACAGCGGAGGGCGUCACAAGCUGGCAAAGAUGCGAUCAUGGGGGGGCCUAGCUAUCAUUCCGGCAUCCUCAAGCGUCUGUUUGGGCUCUUGUCGAAUCUCCCGAACGAAUGUCACCAUUUCCUGAUAACCUGGUUCAGCGUCAUGCCGGCGAGACAUUUCCGUCGGCUUGUCGAGCUCGGAGGCAGCUUUACUACAUAUCGCAUCUCGAGACAGGAUACCAAGAAGCCCGUACAGCGGUCGUAUAGUUUGAGGGGGAAGUUGCCGUACAGUGAUGAUUGGCAGAUCAAGGCUACAGCCAGAGUAAUGUCCUUGCUCGAGAAGGCGAAUAACAACUCACUGGGGCGCCGAAAACACAACCGAAACCUUUCCCUGGCAGAGGUUGCUGACAUUGCCAACAUGUGGAGGCACGAUAUAAACCGUCGAGGCUUGAUCAUACCCAGCAACUCCUUCUACAACAUGCGAGUGGACUACUGCGAUCUGAUUGCCGAUUUCGACGCCUGGGAGUCUAAGCUCGCCAAAUUUUGCUUCUGCCAGUAUCCGUUCUUCCUAUCGAUGGGCGCCAAAAUACAGAUUCUCGAGCAUGAUGCUAGACGACAGAUGGAGGUUCAGGCGCGGAAUGCUUUCAUUACCAACAUAUCCAACAGAACCACAAUAAGUCAGUAUAUGGUUCUCAAGGUCAGACGGGAUUGUUUGGUCGAAGACAGUCUCAAGGGCAUUAGUGAAUCGGCCGGUACCAUCGACGAUCUGAAAAAGGGGCUCAAGGUGGAGUUUGUGGGGGAAGAUGGUAUUGAUGCCGGUGGGCUGAAGAAGGAGUGGUUCCUGAUGGUGGCGCGUGAGGUUUUCGAUCCGAAUCACGGUCUUUUUCUCUAUGAAGAGGAGGCGUCCUGCAGCUACUUCAACCCUCACACGUUCGAAUCGUCCGAGGAAUUUUAUCUGGUUGGCGUCCUCUUGGGCCUUGCGAUCUACAACUCCACGAUCCUCGACGUUACACUACCCCCAUACGUUUUCCGAAAACUCAUAUAUUUUGCGCCGCAAUACGGCAAGAGUGCGGUUGAUACUCGUGCGCGGCUCACUUUCCGACGGUCUUUGGAAGACUUGGCCCCUAUCCGGCCGGCUCUGGCAGUGGGGCUGCAGCAGCUGCUCGACUUCGAGGGAGACGUCCAAGAGACGUUCUGCCGGGAUUUCGUCGCGGAGACGGAGAAGUACGGGGAAAAAAUCGUGACGCCUCUGUGUCCCGGUGGAGGGAACCGGCCCGUCACGAACGCUAACCGCAAGGAGUUCGUCGACCUGUAUCUGAAGCACAUCCUCGACACUUCGGUCAGCCGGCAAUUCGAGCCCUUCAAGCGAGGCUUCUACACGGUGUGCGGCGGUAACGCGCUGUCGCUCUUCGGGCCGGAAGAGAUCGAGCUGCUGGUGCGCGGAUCGGGCGAGGCGUUGGACGUGCAAGCGCUCAAGGCGGUCGCCAUCUACGACGGCUGGGGGGCGAGCAACCCGCCCGAGUCGGACACAGUGGUCAGAUGGUUCUGGGGAUUCUUUGAGAAGCUGUCGCCGCUCGAGCAGCGGAAGCUGCUCAGCUUCAUCACGGGCAGCGAUAGGAUCCCCGCUAUGGGCGCCACGAACCUCAUCAUCAAGGUGGUCUGUCUCGGCCAGGACUCCGAGAGGUUCCCCGUCGCCAGAACGUGCUUCAAUCAGAUCUGUCUGUGGAGAUACCGCAACAGGGCGAAGUUUGAGAGGCUGCUGUGGAGAGCGGUCACUGAGAGUGAGGGCUUUGGGCUCAAGUAG